CGAAUAAUUCGAUAAUCGAUAUUUCUUUUUACAAAGUUAAACAAAUUGAUUAUGUCUGCGUGCCCAGGAAACAAGCUAUCAUGGUUGAUUGGAAUAUGGAAAGGGAAAGGAAUUGGCACUUACCCAACAAUUGAAAAACCUUUUGAAUACCUUGAAGAAAUUGAGUUUUCAAAUGAUGGAAUUCCAUUUAUAGAUUACAAAUCAAAGAGCUGGAACACAGAUCACACACAGCCAAUGCAUUGGGAAAGUGGCUUUAUACGCCUCAAACCAGAUAGUAAAACUUUUGCUUUUCUCCUUUCACACAAUUUUGGAAUGACAGAAGUAGUAGAAGGUGAAACAAAUGAUGAAAAGGAAAUCCAUUUAUUCAGUUCAUCCCUUGGAAGAAUGUCAUUUGCCUCAUCUCCACAUGUUAUAGCAACUGAACGUGUUUACAAGAGCCUUGGUACAAAUAAGAUGGAAUACAAGUUAUAUAUGGCAACAGAAAAUCAACCAAUGUCUCUUCAUCUGCACAUCACAUAUGAUCGGCUUUGAUUACGAUGUUUUGUUUAUUUCAUUUAUGUUAUUCUCAGUAUAUUAACAACAAAAAAACAAUUUUCAUUUGAUAGUAAUAUUUUUGGGAUCAUAUGUAAAUUUGAGAUUAUGAAGUAUACAAGAAGUUGUAAUUGAUAAAUUGUGAGCCAGAAUCAAUGAACAAUAUGAAUUAACAAAGAUAACACCAACAUGUAUACUAAACGAUAAAUUCAGUGUCUUUAUAUAUGUAUGUAGUUAAUAUCAUGAAAUGUCUUAUAUAUAAAGUGUGAUUGAAUAGUUGAACUUUAAUAAAGUGUGAUUGAAAUAUAAAUUUUAA